AUGUACUUUCAGUUGCUUCUUCGUCCGUUGAAAUUGAAAGAACAUUUUCGGGUGCUAAGUUGUUGGUUACAUGUAGACAACAGAUCAAAUUUGGGUUGGGAAAGAAUAGAACAAUGUGUGUUAAUAAGGGAAUGGGCAAACAUUUCAAGAGUAGAUAUUGUCGAAAACUCUGUCAUUUAUAAUUAUUCAAAUAUUUCAAAAAUGGUAUGA